AUGGGCAAGACUAUCGACGACCGGCCUUCCUACCUGAGCUCCAAUGAUGCCAAGUACUCGUUAGGCCUGCAUCGCGGGCCAUUGCCUGCCAAGGGCGUCGACGAGGGCUCCCAGCUCGAGCAGACUGCGUCGGCCGGCGGCCUGUCGUUGGAGACGCGGCAGCUCAAGCGCAAGGAGAAACUACAGCGCCAUUGGAAACGCUUUUGGUGCCUGUAUUUGGUCGGCAAUGUCGUUUUCCUCGCCAUUUUCCUCCCUAUCUUCUUCCUUAUCUGUAUCCCCGCCAUUUCGCAGCUUGUGGUCAACAAGUCCGACCUCCUGUUGGUUAAUGCGGCCGUCAUGCAGCCCAGGCCGGACUCGGUCAUCCUGACCCUGCAGUCCGCGCUGGACCUGAAGAUUGCGUUGCCCGUCCGCAUUGAACCCAUUACGCUGAAUUUGUACGUUCACGACCUCGGGGCCCAGAACUACUGGGGUGAUAUCACAAUCCCGGGCCAAACCAUCAAGGGCAAUACCACCCUGGGCGUCGACUCUCACUACACGCCCUUUCACAACUCGAGCACCUGGGACCAGUAUGUCCACAACGUGGUGUUCGAAAAGGCAGCCGGGCUGUCCGUCCAUGGCGAUACCAAUUCGUUCCUUGGGGUCCUGAAAUCCCACGUCGUCAUGGAUAAGACCAUUUGGGUUCUCCUGUGCAUUCAAUCCCACACGCAUACUGACCGUCCUGCAGCGCUCAACAAGUUCGAGGGGUUCAGCAUCUCUGACAGUGCACUCCUGUUGAAGCCAGAAGCCGAUGGCACCAAUCUCGUCGGCAACGCAAUGCUUCCCAACCCGUCAGUGCUGACUCUCCAGAUCGGCACCAUCGUGCUGGACAUCUACAGCGGCGACCUGGUCAUUGGCAAUGCCACUCUGACCGACAUCGAACUGAAGCCUGGGAACAACACUUUCCCCCUGAAAGGCGUCCUCAGCCUGUCCACCGUGAUUGGCCACCUUUCUGAGGUGCUCAAAUCGCAAGCUUCGGCCCUCAAGAACGGGAAUCUCGCCCUGAAAACCGUCACACGAUCCGUGGUUUGGAAUGGCACUGAGGUGCCAUACUACACCAAGGCGAUGCACGAAUUGCCCCUGACGGCCGUGGUCAGCGUCGCCGACAUCCUGAAGAACACGAUUCAUCGUCUCACCCACAACGGCGGCUUGAAUCUCACACAGAUUGGGCAGGACUUCAAGAGCAAUAGCGGCGGAAUGCUGGGCUCACUCAAUACCAGCGCUUUAGCCUCUCACCUGAAGCAGAACGUGGCCGUGCGCGACACCUUCAAAAACGAGCACCCAGUCAAGCGCGACGCCAUGAUCAAUACUCUGGCCAAGCUGUAUUCGAAGGAUGCAGCAGGUGAGCCGUAA